CCCCAAACAAGAUUUUGAAUUCCCAACCUAGUUUGCCGCAGCCUGAAAGUCUCGUUUUGCAACGAUGGCACCUCAUCCACUUAGCACAUUGUCCAUCGAGGAGACUCGUAGAGCACGAGAUGUCGUUCUUGCAUCUCACGCUGGUGCAGUCGUCGACUUCCGUGAGAUAUUCCUCCAAGAACCUGUGAAGGAAGACGUCAAGAGAUAUUUAGAUCUGGAACACUCUGCCCGCCUAUCACCAACAUCACCUCGUCCACCUCGCCUUGCAAAAUGCCAGUACGAUAUCAUUGGUAGCGACAGGGUUCCAGAGUACCACGAAUCGAUCGUCGAUGUAGAGUUAAAGAGGCGAGUGAAGCAUGAAGUCAUCGGAAAAGAGCACCAAGCAGGUUUGACUCUUUGGGAAUUCGACACGCUUGUCAAUGCCUGCAAGGCCUCGCCUCUAUUCCAGGAAGCCAUUGCCGCACUCAAACUGCCAGAGGGCUUUGAGCUUGUAGUCGAGCCGUGGCCGUAUGGUGGGAUGGACCUUGAGCAUGAAAACAAGCGUUACUUUCAAGGAUUGUGCUUUGCCCAGGACACGCGGUCGAAGAAUGUGGAUUCGAAUUUUUACGCCUUUCCUCUGCCAUUGAUUCCGAUCAUGGAUGCUCAUAAAAAAGAAAUCGUUCGAAUCGACAAACUUGCCACUGGCGGGAAGGGUGAUGGCCUUUCGGAGAAAACACAUUCAGAGAAAAUCAUCGGCCAUUGCCAGACAUCGGAGUACGUACCGGAGCUGUUAGAAAAGGGUACUCGAAAAGAUCUCAAGGCACUCAACGUGCUUCAACCAGAUGGGCCAUCAUUUAAAGUUUCAAAUGAAAACCUGAUCGAAUGGCAAAAGUGGAGAUUCAGGGUUUCCUUCAACCCGCGCGAGGGAGCUGUUAUCCACGAUGUCCACUACGACGGAAGGAGUAUUCUUUACCGGCUAAGCAUCAGCGAGAUGACCGUUCCAUACGCCGAUCCUCGACCUCCGUUCCACCGGAAGCAAGCAUUCGACUUCGGAGAUGGUGGAGCAGGCAAUUGCGCGAACAACCUCUCUCUUGGCUGUGACUGUCUCGGCGUCAUCAAAUACUUCGAUGGCGUCGUCAUCAGCUCAGAUGGAGAGCCAGAAAACCAUCCUAACGUUAUUUGCCUCCACGAGCAGGACAACGGAAUUGGAUGGAAACAUACCAACUGGAGGACUGGACGUGCAGUAGUAACUCGCAAUCGCGAGCUUGUCGUCCAAUUCAUCAUUACUCUGGCCAACUACGAGUACGUCUUCGCGUACAAGUUUGAUCAGUCUGGAGGUAUCACAAUCGAGACCCGAGCUACCGGCAUUGUCAGCGUGGUCAAUAUCGACCCAGGAAAGACCAGCAACUAUGGGAACGUUGUCUCUGGAGGUGUGCUUGCCCAGAACCACCAACAUAUCUUCUGCGCGCGUAUUGAUCCAGCCAUCGAUGGCCACAACAACACCGUCUUACAUGAGGAAUCGCACACUAUGCCUUGGGACCAAGCCACAAAUCCCCAUGGAAACCUCUACGAAGUACGCAAGACGACCGUCCAUCGUUCUGCCGGCCUAGACGCGGCCCCACAACACAACCGCACCUUCAAGAUCAUCAAUCCGAACAAGACAAACCCCGUCAGCGGAAAUCCUGUGGGCUACAAGUUCGUCCCACCCCCAACGCAAAAGCUUCUCGCAUCCCCGGGUUCCAUCCAGGCUCAAAGAGCGCUCUUCGCGCAACACCACGUCUGGGUAACCAAGUACAAGGAUAAUGAGCUCUAUGCCGGGGGCCGCUUCACGCUGCAAAGCCAACUCGAGGUCGACGGCGUGUCGGACGCGGCGAAGAGGAACGAUCCGGUGACAAAUGAGGAUGUAGUUAUAUGGAGUGUCUUUGGGCUUACGCAUAAUCCUAGGGUUGAGGACUGGCCUGUGAUGCCCGCCGAUAUAUUCCAGGUGAACUUCCGGCCAUCAGAUUUCUUCACAGCGAAUCCAUCUAUCGAUGUGCCCUCCACCAAAAACUUGUCGUCGCAGCUCGCGACGAGUGAGUCAUGCUGUGCGGAGCCGGGGAAGCUAUGAGUAUGGGAUGGGUGAGGUUGAUGAGUCAAGGAUACAGAGACCGGCCACAAGUCUAUGCACGCCCGUUUGCCACUGCUUGGGGUGCCCCGAAGGGCUUUUAGAUCUCCAAAUGUGCUGUCAAGGUCGAGGUAGUGGAUAUUAGGCUGCACCUUCACCAACUGACCACCUGUUAGCCAGGGCACCCUCACAGCGGUGUCAAGUGGGCAAGAUUGGAGCCGAGCAGCGACGAAUCCAUGUGCCCAGACUUAUAGCCUAGUACUAUAUUAGUAGACAUGUAUGAAUCUUCUUUUCUGGGUUUCUGCACUCGUGGUCCGUGUGUAAUCCUAUGCCAUUGCUUGUAUUGCUCCGACGAUAUUUCUAGAGUCUAGACCUGAAUGUUGAUAUAGUGAUGUAUGCCUG